CAAUGCAGCCUUAGUAAAUAGUCUGAGUGGUGAGGGAAUUAUUUGUUUAGCAGAGUGACGGCGUUCCACGCAAUUCUCCCCCUCAAGUUAUCAAAGGCACCCAGGCACCUGUGGGGAGUAGGGCCAAAGGCGGCUUCGGGGCCGGAUUCCGCCUUAGCGAUGCUUUCCCGCUUUUCAAAGUGGCCCCAAAAGGCCCCGAUGCGCCCGGGCUUUGCCAGCGCGCAUCCGACUCCGCCUUUCCUUUGGCGGCCAAGGGAUUUUAACCCGCUGCGACUCCCGCGGAGGCGCCCGUACGAGUCCCAACGGUUGCGCCCCGGAAGAGGCGUCCGAGGGAUCUGCCCCUCGGCUCGGGCGGCGGCGUAAGGCAGCGGGGGAGCUCUGGACCGAGAGCGCAGCCUCCGAGAAGCCGAGGGCGACGGCCGCACCGAGCCUAGCCAAGAGCGCGCACCAGCCCGGAGACGCCAGGCACGCUCGGCAGCCGCUACCGUCGCCCGCCUUCCUUUCAGUUUCCCGGGAAGGCCGCCAUGGCCGCGCCCGCCGCCUCGCUGGAAGACGGUCUGGAGGCCCGCCGCCCAGGCUCCACACAAGAACCUGUUGUGGAAACUGCAGAAGAAGCCACAGAGCCAGCAGAAGCUGAUAUUAAUGAACUUUGUACGGAAAUGUUCAAUAAAAUGGCAAUCUACCUAACGGGUGAACUGACUGCAACUAGUGAAGAUUACAAACUCCUGGAAAACAUGAACAAACUAACUAGUUUGAAGUAUCUGGAAAUGAAAGACAUUGCUAUAAACAUAAGUCGGAAUUUGAAAGACUUAAAUCAGAAAUAUGCUGCACUUCAGCCAUACCUGGAACAAAUCAAUCAGAUUGAAGAACAAGUUGCAGCUUUGGAACAGGCUGCCUACAAGCUGGAUGCAUAUUCCAAGAAACUUGAAGCAAAGUACAAAAAAAUGGAAAAGCGAUGAAAGAAGGGUCUUAAUCUGCUUCUAGAAUACAUGACUUUUUUCCAGGAAGCUAAAUUCAAGAUUUCUGCUAUUGAACUUCUGAAACAGAAUUUAUGCCUCAGCAAUGCAUUUGGACUAAAAUAAUCUAAGAACAUUCAAAAGUAACAGAGGCUACUCAAGUCUAUGAAUUAACUACUUUUGUCAUUGUAGAGUCUAUUCCCUUUUUACUUUUUUGAUAUUCAUUUACUGAGAACAUAGAAAUCACUUUUAACUGCUUCAAUUCUACCAGUGUAAUUUUUAUAAGUUUAUGUUAUGAAGCAAAAAAUUGGUCACUUCUGCACUCUAUAAAUCCUGUCACUUGUAAAUCAAAA